AUGGCUUUGGUGAGAGAGUGCGGAGAGAGUGGCGUUGCGGUUGCAGCCGUUUUGGGAUCAACCGCCAACACUCUGCUCCAAUUGGUUUGCCAGGGCUCACGACUCGCCUGUGGCAGCGAUGGAUCUGACGCCGAGCACUUCGUUGGGCCAUCUGUUGGACGACAAGCUGGCUGAGCUGCUCCAACGCUUAGAGAGCUGUGAGGCACAACUUCGCCGCAGUGAGACUGCCCUGGGCGCCAAGGGGGAGGAACUCGACAAGCUCAAGGAGCUGCUCACAGGCAAGAUCAGCGAGCUACAAGCGCAGAUCGAAGAUUUGGCUCAGGCACUGCGGCGGAAGGCAGACUUGUCCGACACGGCCACCCUCUUUCAGCUGGAGGCAGUGAAGAAGAUCUUGGAGCUCAAGGCCAACCGCAAUGAAGUGCCCCAGAAGGAGACCGUGGUUGAGUUGCAGGAGAGCACUUUGAGCAACAGCAAGAGCUUGGAGGAAGUACAGACGACGCUGAGCGCAGCGAAGAGUCGCUUCAGCCAGCAGAUCAAUGAGCUCCAGCAGUCCGUACACACCAAGGCGGAGCAGUGCCUAGUGCCGAGCCUCGAGCUGUUCCAACUCCGUUUGGCGGAGAAGGCCGACGUCACGGCCGUGCCCACCAACGAGCAACUCAAGGUGGUGAUGAAGAUCUUGCAGAUGAAGGCGGAUGCUGAACAGGUACCACGGCUUUCUGAUUUCCAGGCGCUGGGGCAGAGCGUCCUGGAGCUCGGAGGACUCAAAGCACAACUGGAAGCCUUACAAGCCUUGGUUCUGCAGAAGGAAAGCGAGCUGCAGAACCUGCAGCGAAUUGUGCAGCACAAGGCGGAUGUCGGUGAGGUGGCGACCUCGUUGGAGGUUCAGCUUCUGAACGGAAAGCUGGAAGGCAAGGCUGAAGCGAAGGACACCCCGACCUUGUUGCAAUUCCAAGCCUUGUCCAAGACCAUGGAGAACAAGGCGGACAGCUGGGACGUGCCCACCUUGGCAGAGUUCCGUGCGAUGGAUCACCUGCUGCGCAAGCACGGUGACCUGGCCGGAAGCGUGGAAGAGCUGCAGAAGCUCCUGCAGCAGGUGGUGACGAAGCAGUGCUUCGAGAAGCUCAUGAAGGAGGUGAGUGAGAAGGCCGAUAGCAAGGAUGUGCCUAACAUGGAAGAAUUCGACACACUCAAGGAGGCUUUGGACCUCAAGGCGAACCGCAGCGAUGUGCCCACCUUGCAGAACUUUGUGGCGCUGCAGAAGGAUAUGCCCUCACGCGCUGCCAUCAUGGUGUUGAACAACGCCUUGCAGGGCAAGGCCAAUGCCAACACUGUCGCAACCAAAGAAGAGUUGCAGGCGCUGGUCGGGCUUCUGAACGGCAAAGCAGAUGUGACCUCCGUGCCCAACUGGAAGGAUUUCCACCAUUUGCGUGAUCGUGUGCAACGCAAAGCAGAUCGAGAGUCGGUGCCCAGUUUGACGCAGUUCCAGCUGCUCAACACCGCCUUGGCCAAGGUCUCCGAGGGCCAAGGCGAGUCGUCCUUGAAGCGUCGUCGUUCGCCCGAGUGCCGGACGGAGUCGCCAGGCUGUGGCACGCCCUUGCCACAGAGACUGUGCCCGGGCACUCCGCGCCCCCGAGUGGCGACUCCAUGCCCGGGGACACCCAAGCCAGCAGAGCAGACUCCAUGCCCUGGGACUCCAAGGCCCAAGGUCGCGAAGAAGAGUCCACCCACUGAGGCUCGGGACGCGGACGCUCCGGCCUUGACCCCCUUCGGGCGCAAGGUUGCGACGCCUGCCAGGGCCAAGACACAGGAGGUGGCCACACCCCGGGCCAAGACGCGCGAGGUUGCUACACCUGCCCGGGCCAAGACACAGGAGGCUGAGAUCUAUCCUCGUCCACACAAGAGGACCCCUGUGGUGAAGGCAGGCAAGAAGAAGGGGCAGAAGAUGAUCUGGAGCAAGACCUUGGGUGUGUGGCAAGAACCAUGAGGUUGCGAACAAGAUCUUUCAGCAGCUCCACACACACCCAGCUGCGGGUGGCUGAUGGUGUGCGGAGUGGCGCAUUUGCUGUGGUAAGUCUCGUCUUGAGGAGGCCCCAUGCUGAGGGUGUCCGCAUGGAAAAUGUUUGGCAGGGGAGAAGCUGAGACCGACGCCGAGAUCAACGC